GUGUUAUCGUCUUUUUGAAAAAAAAAAAAAAAAAAAGAGAAUUGUUGUUUUUAUUUUUUUUUUUCUCUGACACCUGGGAAACCGCUGCCCCCCUCAGAACUAACCAAAGACAAUGGUUCACUGUGCAGGCUGCAAAAGGCCGAUCUUGGACCGGUUUUUGUUGAAUGUACUGGACAGGGCUUGGCAUGUGAAGUGUGUUCAGUGCUGUGAAUGUAAAUGCAAUUUGACAGAGAAAUGCUUUUCGCGAGAAGGCAAGCUUUACUGCAAAAACGACUUCUUUCGGUGUUUCGGGACCAAGUGCGCGGGUUGUGCCCAGGGCAUCUCCCCCAGCGACCUGGUCCGCAGGGCGCGGAGCAAAGUGUUCCACUUGAACUGUUUUACGUGUAUGAUGUGUAACAAGCAACUCUCCACCGGCGAGGAGCUCUACAUCAUAGACGAGAACAAGUUUGUCUGCAAAGAAGAUUACCUAAAUAACAGCAAUACUGCCAAAGAAAACAGCCUGCAUUCAGCCACCACCGGCAGUGACCCCAGCCUGUCCCCCGACUCUCAAGACCCCUCCCAGGACGACGCCAAGGACUCGGAAAGCGCCAACGUGUCCGACAAGGAGACGGGGAGCAACGAAAACGACGACCAGAACUUGGGGGCCAAGCGGCGGGGACCCCGCACCACCAUCAAAGCCAAACAGCUAGAGACUCUGAAAGCCGCCUUCGCGGCCACCCCAAAACCCACUCGGCACAUCAGGGAGCAGCUGGCACAGGAGACCGGCCUCAACAUGCGGGUCAUCCAGGUCUGGUUCCAGAACCGGCGCUCCAAGGAGCGGCGGAUGAAGCAGCUGAGCGCGCUGGGCGCCCGGCGACACGCGUUCUUCCGCAGCCCGCGCAGGAUGCGGCCGCUCGUGGACCGGCUGGAGCCCGGCGAGCUCAUCCCCAACGGGCCCUUCUCCUUCUACGGAGAUUAUCAGAGCGAGUAUUACGGCCCUGGAAGCAAUUACGAUUUCUUCCCGCAAGGACCGCCUUCGUCUCAAGCGCAGACCCCCGUGGAUCUCCCGUUCGUGCCCUCCUCGGGGCCGUCAGGGACCCCGCUGGGGGCCAUGGACCACCCCCUGCCCGGACAUCACCCCUCGAGUGAGGCUCAGCGCUUCACUGACAUCAUGUCGCACCCCCCGGGAGACUCGCCCAGCCCCGAACCCAACCUGCCCGGGUCCUUGCACUCCAUGUCCGCAGAAGUUUUUGGCCCCAGCCCCCCAUUUUCGUCGAUAUCCGUCAACGGUGGUGCUAACUACGGCAAUCACUUGUCCCACCCUCCAGAGAUGAACGAAGCAGCUGUGUGGUAGCUUUAAAACAAACUGGGUCUAAGUAAGUGAUGAUCAUCUAGUCUGCUUAUUGUUAUGGUGUACAGAAAUGAAAUAAUAUAACAUCUCUCCCGCCCUAAGACAAUAUUACCUUGGGAACGAACUGAAUCCAAUCGCUCCAAGGCAAGCUUUGCUCUAGACCAGGACAAUCUCCAUGUUAUGGUUGUAUCAAACAAGCGAGGGGACUUUUUUGUACCAUUGACAAAGAAAAUGGGGAAGCUGUACAGUAAAAGUGCUGCCAUUCCGUAGGAUGGCGUAAGUUUGAUUACCCUGUUGGAUGUCAUCCUAAGAGCCACAAUCCUUAGAAACUUCUCGUUUAAAAAAAAAAAAAAAAUUAAAAAAUAAUUGAAUGAAGGAAAGGUCAAAGAAAAGGGGAAAAAAAGCUUCAAGAACUCUCUAUAGCAUUCCCGGUUAAGGAUGGUUCUGGCAUUAUGAAUCUGUUUGUUCAUUUUUGUCUCUCAGAAAGUUCGACAACAAGAAACUCUUUUUAGCUUCAGCCAUUUCAGCCUGCUGGCGAUCAGGUGGGACAACUUUUCCUUUUUCCUUUCUUUUUUUCUUUUCUCUUUUGUUUCGGUUGUUUUGUUGUGGUUGUUUUGUUGGUUUUUUUUUUCCAAAAAUAGCAAAUACUAAAUGUUAAGCCCUCAGCACCAACUCUUCUACCUUCACAAAGCUACACGUACAAAACCUCCUCAUCAUAGCAAAGGUCACCACCCAGACCUCUAACGAAAAUGACUUGAAAAAACAAACAAACAAACAAACAAAAAGUAUUCUACCUUCACAGAGAGAGAAAAGCUAAACAAAAAGACUCUAUUGAACUAAAAACAGUCAACUGUUUACGUCUAAUGUUAAAUUCAGGAGCUCAAUGUUUUACUAAUAAAUCCUGUUUUAGAAAAACCUCUUGUUCAAAAGCAAAAGAUUUUGAGCAGCCAACCAAAAUAGUUCAUUUUCUUUUCUGUAGAUGUUCUAACAGAUUGCAGGGCUUGUGGUUCACUGUGCUAGUUUGUAAAAGGUGUUGUUUACAGAAGGCAAAGAAAAAAAACCCACAAAACCCAGACAGUUGCCAAAUAAAGUAAAUAUAUAGCACAAAUACUGUAAGGUGCUUUGCACCAGCAACCCGAGAAGGUGUUUAAAAAGUGUUACAAGGUUAAAAAAAAAAAAAAAGACAAACAAACAUCUUUGCUAAUUUUUAGUCCUGUUGAACAUUCAUGGAAUUGUUAAUAUGACUUAUAUAGACCCACACAAGUUUUAUUUUUGUGUCUUUAAAAUAAAAGUCCAAAAUAUUUAAAUUUUAUGGUCAAAUAUGCAGUCAACAGCUGCUACUUUUUUCUUUAUAUAUUAAAUUUCUCAUAUGUCUUUUAUUGUUCUAAUGAACCUAAGCUUGUGUGACCUCCAGUGCAUAUUAGACCAUUCACUGUAUGAAAGAAAACAUGUUGGAUAAAAUUUGUGCGUUUUUAAUAAAAUUAGAAAAUCUGAUGUUUA